ACGCUGAAUUUCUUGACGAGAACACGGAAGUAGCAUUGGAGACGACUUUGUCCAAUAUAUCUAUAACUAACCCAAGAUAGUUGAUCUGUGUCGUUUAGUGGGCGCAAAUGAAGCAUAGUGGAAAGAACGUGCAAGUAGGUGGGUGAAGCUACUACUGGCGUGUUGUAGAACGUUUUAGGGAACGCCUCCUCUGUGAAGUGCGCCUGUGCACAAACCCAUUCUGUCUGUAUUGAUGUUGCAUGUAAUUGUGUGGAGUAAAGAAUGACAUAGCCUACUGUCGGAACUAAAUUACCUACCUAACUCAUAUUCGACUGAAAAUGUAUCAACUACAGUUAUUGCGCGUGUUUUUACAUGAGCGUUUAACCGCGGCUGCUGUGGAGAUUUUCGGGGCAGUUGAGAAAACGGUAGUGGAGUACCAGGAGGAGAAUGAUCGGCUACGGAGACUGCUGUGGAUCACGCCAGAGAUAAAACAACGUAGAAUAGACUCCUUGCAGCUCUCUCUCGCUGUCUCUGAAGAGGAGGUUCUCCCUGAGCAGCAGCACUGUGAGCCUGAGUGGAGCCCCAGUCUGGAGCAGGAGGACCCCGAGCCCACACAGAUUAAAGAGGAACAGGAGGAAGUCAGGACCAGUCAGAAGGAAGAGCAGCUUCAAGGGCUGGAGGCUGAUAUCAUAGAGUUCCAAUUCACUCCUUCCUGUGUGAAAAGUGAAUGUGAUCAGGAGGACCCACUUUGGUCCUUGACUCUUCCCCAAACCCAGACUGUGGAAAACAAAGAGUGUGACUCUAUACCAGUGGAUCUCAAACCUUUUGGCACUGUGACUCACCCAAAGAGUCUCGCCAUUCCCCGUAACCCUCCAGACAAUGAUAACAAUGCCUCCAGCCACAGCUCAGCCAUAAGCAGAGACCCAGUAGCACUUGACAGCAGCCCACAAUUGGAUUCCAGCCCACCAUUGGAUCCCCACCCACCACUAGAGAAACUUUCUUCCAAACCCAGCAUCACGUCUAGAAAAACUCACCGCUGCUGUGACUGUGGUGAAAUGUUUGCUCAAAAAGCUGACCUGCUGAGUCAUGUAACUCUAAACAAGAAGAGACCCAGAGAAUGCUGCUUCUGCAGAACCUGUACACUGAAGGCCCAUGUCCGACUCUGUCACAUGGAGAAACCCUGCACCUGCCCUGAUUGUGGCAAGUCAUUCAAAUACAAAGGAGAUCUGUCCAGGCACAUGAGGAUUCACACAGGAGAGAAAUAUUUUAGCUGUGGUGACUGUGGGAAAAGUUUCAGUCUCAAGGGGAACCUAAUGAAGCAUAAACUGACUCACACAGGAGCAAAACCUUUUAGCUGUGGUGACUGUGGGAAGAGCUUCAAUCGGAAGGAGAACCUAACCAUGCAUAUACGUACUCACACAGGAGAGAAGCCAUUUAGCUGUGUCGACUGUGGGAAAAGCUUCAGUCUCAAGGGGAACCUAAUGAAGCAUAAACUGACUCACACAGGAGCAAAACCAUUUAGCUGUGGUGACUGUGGGAAGAGCUUCUCUGUCAAGGGGAACCUAACCACGCACAAGCUGACUCACACAGGGGAAAAACCAUUUACCUGUGGUGACUGUGGGAAGAGAUUCACUCAUAAGGCUUAUCUGCUGAAGCACGUCCACAAAGAAAGAAAAUAUGAAGAAAACUGAAAGAAAAAUGUAAUUAAGACAUAGAGAUCUGUCAGUAGAUGGCAAUAAAAAGGCAGGAUUUGGACAACACUUUUAGGAAAAGCAAAGCAAAUCUGGAUCAUUAAUGCUGUGGGUUUCAGAUAAAUAGAUCUAUGAUGGAUACUUUUGUAAUACGUAUGUAAAUAAAGUUUGAUUUAACUUGAAUGAUGACUGUAAGUGUGUGGAGACAUUUUCCUUCCAGCACCUUCACUAAUCUAUUGGUUGUGCGGUAGAUUCUGCCUAUUAUCUACAUGGAAUUUUCAUCACAUGUAAAAUAUAUAGAAUAAUCAAAUAAGAUUUGAAAAAAAAAAAUAAUGUUGAAUGAUAUAUCUGUAAAACAUGAUCCUAAAUAUAACACGUCAAUUUAGUGAAUAGCAUUGGUGUUUAAUAUGAAGCUUUCAGCAUGAAAUCUCUUUUAUCUUUUGACUUUUAUUUAUCUUACUAUGUCUUUGUUUUAAAUGUUUUAGCGCAGUUGUGAAAAAAGUCGAUAGUUGGAAGAGUUGCAGAGGGAAUUGAAAAUAAUGCCAUUGUUAAUUAAUACUUUUUUUUGGUAUUAAUUAGGCUAUUUUCUCUUGAAACAUAUGGUCUCUACUAGAAACUCAUGGACAAUAUGGACACAGAUAUAAAAAAAAGUAAUACUUUAUAUUAUUAGACAUUUUAAGUUAUUCAAAGUCAAAUGUAUUCAAGUAUAAAUUACCAUAGAUUGCCAUAGAUUACCUGUUUAAUUACCAAAAAUGAUGGUAACACUGGUAAUUUACCGGUAGUUUUACAACCCUAGGCCAGACUGCUGUUAUUGAUACAUUAAAUAUAUGCUUUCCAGAAAAGGGCUCCUUCC